CCUAUUUUGUCAAUUAAAGAGACCGGUGGAUGUUUAGAUGAGACAAACUCAAGUGAUACAGAUCAAGUACCUACUGCAUGUUUAGAUGUGACCAACUCCACCGACACAGACCAAGGCCAGACUGACUGUUUGAAUGUGACGACCUCAAGUGACAAAGGCCAAGGUCACACUGCAUGUUUGAAUGUGACGACCUCAAGUGACACAGACCAAGGCCAGACUGCAUGUUUGAAUGUGACGACCUCAAGUGACACAGACCAAGGUCACACUGCAUGUUUGAAUGUGACGACCUCAAGUGACACAGACCAAG